UCCCCUCCACUCCUCAAAAUCAGUCGAAAAAUCCCCACCAGUUUCUUGUGCAGUGCACAACAAACUCGAAAGAGUCGUCACACCGCGCCUGUGAUAACUCAAGAUAAUUUAAAAGUAAAAACUAACGAGUGCCAGGCAUCAUUUGAGUGAUUUCCUGCAAUCGAAUGGACACGACGUAUUAUUGGGGAUAACCUCUGUAACCGUAUGAGUCAGAUGGAAUCUGCAAGAUGCAGCGAUUUCCCUCAUGAUAAUUCGCACCAAAAUAUCGCCAUUUUUCGGCGUUCGGUUUAAUUGUCAACACGAAAGUCCAACAGCCCUUGGAAAUGGAGUAGAUGAACUGUAAUCGCAGAUUCCAGGGGCUCCAGACCAAUUAUUCAUCAUUUUUUUUUAUCGUGAUUGGGUGCUGCGGUGUGUGAGUGUCUCGUGGGGGAAAGGGAGGAACUGUUGAACUCGAUAGAACCGGCACUGGACUUUCAUAUUGAGAGGCUUUUGUUAUAUAAUUGGCGAUGGUUCGCAGGCUUAUCUAUCACUGAUUGGCGUGAGGAUAGGAUUCAUUGUUUUGGAAAAGGUUGGACUGCAUUUGGAGUCAUAUGUGGUUGAUAACUUAGUGCGAUAAAACGUAGUGGGUAUCAAUGGCUGCACACAAGACAGGUGGGCAGAACGCCCGAAAGAAAGUUCAGGUAUCGAUGGUGAUUCGCGAUGAAGUGGAAAGGAGACAUCGAGCAGGAGUCAAUUCUCUCCAAUACGACCCAGUCCUGCACAGGCUGUACUCAGCUGGUAGAGAUAGUAUUAUUAGAAUAUGGAAUUGUAAGAAUAUGAAGGAGCCGUUCAUCCAGUCGAUGGAACACCACACAGACUGGGUGAAUGAUAUUGUCCUCUGCUGUGGAGGUAAAAAUUUGAUAUCAGCGAGCUCGGAUACAACCGUCAAAGUGUGGAAUGCCCACAAGGGAUUCUGCAUGUCAACACUAAGGACUCACAAGGAUUAUGUCAAAGCUCUUGCCUACGCCAAAGAUAAGGAGCAAGUGGCGAGUGCUGGGCUUGAUAGGCAGAUUUUUCUCUGGGAUGUCCAUACACUGACAGCAUUAACUGCCAGUAACAACACAGUAACGACUUCUUCAUUAGCUGGGAAUAAAGAUUCCAUCUACAGUCUGGCGAUGAAUCCACCAGGUACUGUAAUAGUCAGUGGUAGCACGGAAAAAGUACUCAGAGUCUGGGAUCCCAGAACGUGCAACAAACUCAUGAAACUUCGUGGUCACGCUGACAAUAUAAAAGCUCUUGUCCUGAAUCGUGAUGGCAGUCAGUGUUUGUCGGCGAGUUCCGAUGGCACUAUUAAGUUAUGGUCAUUGGCUCAACAAAUGUGUAUACAGACAUUCAGGGUACACACUGAGGGAGUCUGGGCCCUCCUAGCGACAGACACAUUCAGUCAUGUUAUAUCAGGGGGACGUGAUAAAAAGGUCAUCAUGACGGAGUUGAGAAGUGCUGACAGGUACACCGUCAUCUGCGAGGAGAGGGCACCCGUUCUCAAGAUGGUUAUGACACCUGAUCAAUCGAGUAUCUGGGUUGCCACCAGUGAAUCCACUAUAAACAAUUGGUUGAUCAACCAGAAAGACUGGCAAUGCGGUGAUUAUUGUGUGGACCCACCAGUUAGUGGUGCCGGUGGGAUGGUCCCUCGAAGUUCAGAGCCCGUGCAGAGAAUCCUCGGUGGUCCAGCGAUAAGACACCACAUUAUCCUCAAUGACAGGCGAUACGUUCUCACAAAAGACACUGAAGAAAACGUUGCUCUCUACGACGUUCUGAAAGCCUGCAAAGUCGAGGAUCUCGGACGAGUCGAUUUCGAUCAGGAAGUCAAGAAGAGAAAUAAAAUGGUUUAUAUCCCCAGCUGGUUUAACGUUGACCUGAAAACUGGAAUGCUGACCAUUCACCUCGCACAGGACGAGAACGAUUGUUUCUCAGCAUGGGUAUCAGCACGCGAUACUGGCAUAACUGAUAACGAUAGUGUCGAUCAAAAAGUCAAUUACGGUAAUUUGCUGCUCCAAGCGUUGCUUGAACACUGGUGGAAGCCCAUUCAUGCGGAUGAGGAGAAUGAAGCGAAUAGUAAUGAUGGAACUGGCCAGGCACAUUCCAGGGAUGGAAACCCUUAUUUCUCGGUUCCUGGCCACACGCCCGUUAUCUUCAGUGAAGUGGGUGGCAAAACACUGUACAGACUACUGGUGCGAGAUGCUGCUGGCGAAACAGAAAGAGCACUUCUAAAUGAAACAGUGCCCUCCUGGGUCAUCGACAUUGUCGUAGAUAAAAAUCUGCCUAAAUUCAUAAAAAUUCCAUUCCACCUGUCACCUCAUCCGAAUUCCGGCUUCAAGAAUUGUAAAAAAGAUCGGUUGAUUGCCAACGACUUUAUACAAGUGCGGAAAGUCGUGGAGCAUGUUUAUGACAAAGUCCUGGGGGCAGGAAGUGACUCCGGUUCAGUGGCCGGAGGUGGAAACACAGUAUCCGGGGGUUCUCCAGCGGGGGAUCGUGCUAAUACAGAUUCUAAUGCUGACAAUUCAUCUCUGGCUGAGGAAAAGGUGGAGCUUGUCUGCAAUGAUCAACCGUUGGAUCCCUCGAUGGAUUUGCGAACGGUGAAGCAUUUCAUUUGGAAAAACUCAGCGGAUCUCACACUGUACUAUCGUCCAGCCAAAUAGUUAGGAUUUCGAGUAACAAGCAACGGUCCUCUGAAGUGUGCCUGGUUCUGUGCCGUGGCCAAGUGAUAAAAAAUAAACCGAACGAAAACAAAAAAAAAUAACAAACGUGAGUAGCUGGACGAUGGGUUCGUCCGCAGUUCGCCUCAAUGUUGCCAAAAAAAAAAAAACUGAAAAUGAAGGGAUGAAAAAUUUUCGAAAAAUACCGAAACGUAUUUUGAACAAACGAAGCCAUGAUAUUCAGAUACUGAUUUAUUUUUAACUGGGAGAAUGUUCCGAUGAGUCUAGUUAUAGACACCUUACUAGCAAUUAUUAGUAAACGGUCAUUGGGUGUUAUUGCAAUGACGAAUUCAAGUGACAAGGAACACUAGGGAACAUGCUUCGAGAUACUAUUUCUUCAAUAUUUCUACCAAUCGCCGAUUCUCUUGAGCCAUAAGGAAAUUAAUCAAGUAGGUAAAUAUCGCCGGCUCAAUUAUAUCCCUGUAGAAUUUCGAUAUCCCAGAAAACGCAUGAUCUGAAAUGUUGAGGAUCUAUCUGCAUCAUUUGGGGUGGAUGUGGGUGUGUAAUUGAUGACUGUUAGCCUAUUCAUCAUCUCAUUUAUGAGUUCUUCGUUAUCGUACUGUAAAUACCCAUGAUUUUCGUUGAUUUUUUUUUUGUGGAGCUGUGAAAAUGGGAAAGUGUCAUCUGUCCAGGAUAAAACUUUCAGUGAAUUAAUUGCGAAACCCCAAAGAUUUAUUUUUUGGACCAUUUUGUUGAGGUUCCAUGUGGACCCACAUAUUCCUUUAUUCAUGUAAAAAGUGUGAAUUAAUUAAGUCCUGGUUGCAUCGUCUUUCCGAUUUUGUUUUUGUCACGCGAAAAUCCCCAAAAAUAAUGGACGCGGAUGUUGCAAAAUAAAGUUAAUGGGGAUAAAGUUGUCAAGAGAUAGUUCCACAAUGGCAAUCUAAUUAUUUAUUUGCAAUUUUCUUCCUGUUGUUUAUGUUUAUUAAUGUUUAUUUUUUUUUACGAGAAAAAAUGAUAUUCUCAUCAGUUUUGGGGAUUUUUGAAUGAUGUGAUACCGACUGGUAAUUACAAAAUAUCUUAGACUAAAAAAAGAGAAAAAGAACUGAAGGUAAAGUUUGAAAGAUGAUAAAUCCGGGCUUUAAUUUGAAAAUAAUUAUCGCAUAAACGAAAAUGACCCUCGGAGAAAAUUGACUUCAACUUUUUUACCUCUUCGCAACUAAACUCCAUAUCCUAUAAUUUCAAGACCUCAUAAUCGUCUCCUCAGUCGUAAAAUAGAAAGAAAAUUAAUUGAAAAGUUUUUUAUAGUACUUCGAUGCGAAUUAAAUUUGUCUUCCGAAAUUGUGAGGAUCGAUGAUGAAAUAAAUUUCUAUUUUCAUUCCCUCCGCAUGUUAUCGCACUACGUACUCUCAAUCAAUCAAGCGAAUUUUCUUUUACUUAUUUGUCACAGAGCACAAGUUGAUUGGCUUCAUGUGCUUGUCUUCUUGGCUAGGCAAAUUAAUUUUUGUAAAUACUCGCCUCUGGCCUAAGUCAGUGUGAGAAUAAAUCUGAAGAAUGAGGAAGUGAGGAGUAUGUCAAUUUACUACUUUCUGAACAUUGUCCAACAGCCAAAUUAAACUGAGAUGAUGUUCGUUGAGAAUAUUACCUCAUACUUGAUCGACUGAACAUAAUAAAUAUGAAUCCACUGGUA